AUGUCGGACCAGACGGGGAUCGGAUAUGAGUUCGUGCGGCAGCUGAGGGAGCGGCCGGGGGCGAUCGUCUUUGCGACGUCGCGCGACCCGGAGCGCGCCACCAAGCUCCAGGCGCUGACGGACAAGGGCAACGUGCACCUCGUCAAGAUCACCAAGCAGCCCGAGGCGGUGGCGGAGGCGCUCGCGGCGGCCGAGCUGGUCAAGAAGAUCGCGGGCAAGGUGGACGUGGUGGUGGCCAACGCGGGCAUCAUCGGGCACGAGACCAGCAUCGCCGACGCGCCCAUGGGCAUGUACCAGGACUUCCUGGACGUCAACCUGCUCAACAACAUCGCCGUGUUCAAGGCGCUGCGGCCGCUGCUGCUGGCGGCGCCGCGGCCCAAGUUCGUGGCCAUCAGCACGCAGUACGGGUCGCUGGCCAUGGUCGAGGACCUGCCGGGCCAGUCGUCGGCGUACGCCAUCUCCAAGGCCGCGCUCAACAUGUUCAUCCGCCACGUCGCCUACGAGGAGAAGAAGAACGGCAUCGUCGCCUUCCCCAUCCACCCGGGCGUCGUCGCCACCGAGACCGUCGAGCCCCUCGCCGCCCGCAUCGGCCUGGCCACCAUCUCCCCCGCCGAGAGCAUCGCCGGCAUGCUGAAGAUCAUCGACCGCGCCACCGUCGACGACGAGGUGCGCUUGUGGCGGUACGACGACACACACCUUCCGUGGUGA